UCCAGGGCAGUAGCUGGGAACAUGGGUGUGUGAUUCCUGGUGUUUUGGGUAGGUCACAUCUUGGAACAGUAACCUGUGAAGUACUGAGCAGGGACUGACAAGGGCAGAUCAGCAGCAUGCCCCUCCUCACCAUGCACAGCCAGCAGAUCAGCUGGACUCCACUGCUGGUUCUGGGGUACCUCUUUUACCUUCUCCUGGGUGCUAUGGUGUUCCAGCUGCUGGAGAAACAGGCAGAAACACAUUUUCGGGACCAGUUCCAGCUGGAAAAGCUCAAGUUCCUGCAGAAUUACACAUGCUUGGACAGACAAGCCCUGGAGCAGUUUGUUCAGGUCCUCAUGGAAGCAUGGGAAAAAGGGGUCAACCCAGAAGGAAACUCCACAAAUCCCAGUAACUGGGACUUCAGCAACUCCUUCUUUUUUGCAGGAACUGUUGUCACCACUAUAGGUUAUGGUAACCUGUCCCCCAGCACAGUGGCAGGGCAGAUCUUCUGUGUGUUUUAUGCCUUAUUUGGAGUGCCCCUCAACCUGGCCUUCCUCAAUCAGCUGGGGAAAGCUCUCAAUGCUCAUCUGCUUUCCCUGGAAAGAUGGGUGCAAAAGCCAGGGCGUGCCCAGGUGGUUCAAACACUGGCAGUGGCCAUCUUCCUGAUCACUGGGACCUUGCUUUUCCUGGUGUUCCCACCAUUAGUUUUCAGUUAUGUAGAAGGCUGGAGCUACGGAGAAGGCUUUUACUUCACCUUCAUCACCCUGAGCACCAUUGGAUUUGGGGACUAUGUAGUAGGCACGAACCCCAACAAGCACUAUAUCCCUGUGUACAGGAGCCUAACUGCAAUAUGGAUUGUUUUUGGCUUGGCCUGGCUGGCUCUGGUCUUCAACGUGGGAGCUGACUUGAUGGAAAGAUACCUUCAGCUAAAGUGGCACAAGUCUGACUUAAGCUUGGCAGAAGGAGACACCACCAAAUUGGAAGAUGAACCUGAGCAGCCUAGGAUCCAUAUCCCUAGUUGAGAAAGGUACAAAGAAAGUAGUCUUGAAACUGCACCUUCCACCUCUAUCACACACUAAGCGACCCCUGUGGAUAAAGGACUAAACCACAGGUUGUGGACUGUUUCCUAAAGAGGAAAUGGUUCAGAUCCGUGGAAAUUCCACACCCUGUGUAGGCAUCAGCCAGU